GGCAGCACUGCUGCACGGUUGUUGUCACCCUGUCGGUUCAAAGCUAGCUCAAGCUAAAACGGAUAACCUCAAAGCCUAUGAUAAGGGGUGGUUACGUUGUUAUUGUAUAAUAACCUUUUUAUUAGCAUUAUCCUGGCGCUGAGAUGUUAAAAAACAGUCUGCUGCGGUGGUGGUUUUAGGUUUUUUCUUUUGAAGCUCUUCCUAGCUACCGAGCUAAUGUAGCCGCAAUCGUUGAAUGUUUUGAAGUUUAGAUACAGAAUGGCAGAUUCAUCGCCUCUGUCCGGGGUCAAUGUUGUUUUGGUCAUGGCUUAUGGCAGCUUGGUGUUCGUGUUGCUGUUUAUCUUCGUCAAAAGGCAAAUCAUGCGUUUUGCGAUGAAGUCCCGCCGUGGACCCCACGCACCUAUUGGACACAAUGCACCGAAGGGUUUGAGGGAAAGCAUCGACUCCAAACUUUCCAGGGUCCAGGUGAUCCGCUUCGAGCCUCGGCUCUUAUCAGAAGGGGAUGACCGAGUCAGGCGGGGAUCACAGACGAGUUGCUACAACUAUCUGUACCGAAUGAAAGCCCUGGAUGCCAUUCGUGACUCAGGAAUUCCUCUGCAGGAGAUAAGCGGCACUCCCAGUGCAUUUACUGGGCGCGGCUUCAGGAACUGGCUGGUGGAACUGCGCAAUUCCCACUCCUUGAUAAAGAGCAGCCGGAGCGCGCUCAUCGAUUGCUUACUUGAAGGAUAUGACAGCGCCCGCCAUGGAACUGGGGUGUUUGGUGAGGCGGAGUUUCUGGAAUACCAACAAGCUAUUGAUGAACUGGUUGACGUUGUGAAGGCCUACUCCAGCAGCACCAGCCUGGACCAGCAGCACCAGUCUGCAGCCAAAGACCUAACAGGCUCCCCUGUGCGCAGCACUCCCUCCACCAUCCAGGUCACCUACCUGCCCUCCACGGGCCAGCGCAGCAAGAGGCCCAAACACUUUCUGGAGCUCAAAAGCUUCAAAGACAACUACAACACGCUGGAGAGCACUUUGUGAAACUUAGACUGAUGUGUGCACAACCAACCUGGUAUAGAUUUCCUUUUAAAUAAGUUAUUUAAUUUAAUAACUAAAUGUAAAUACAAAUUAGUUUUACUACGUGUUUGUACAGAUGUAAAAUAUUUAAGUUAUAACUUAUUGAUGCUGUUUGUAUUGAUGUGAUUAAAGGUGGAGAAAUAAAGCAACCACACCUAAUUCUA